CCUACAUCCAAUCCGUACUUUCGAAAACAAGGAUCAAGCUUUAUUCGAAACGAUGAAGUUCUUCGCGUUCCUCCUCACCACCAUUAUUACGGCUAGGUCGGCGUAUGCUGGGUAUUGCAACUACGGCACCGCAGGGAAUGGAGGCUGUGAAGCUAACGGGAAACAUACGUACUGCUGCGCCGAAGACAACAUGUACAGCAGCGAUUUUCCUAUAUACCGCCAAUACUCUGUAGCAUCUCUAAACCCUCAUAAAGGCACAGAUUGCACUUCUGGAAAGAGUCAGGGUUUUGUUGCUUGUGCUUAGGUCGGUCUUACGGUAUAGCCUGGAUCGCAGGAGGUCGAUGGGAUCCGGUUGCUGGAUCGAAGGAAGCGGCUUGGUUUGAUUACGAUUCAUUACGGCGGGGGAUAAUUCAACAUAUGUUGUUCUGUAACAUGGUCGUCCAUUGUGACAGCCUUGUCCGACAUGUCCUCUUCGCUAGCAUUCUCGUUACGGCUUUCUAAUAGCAGUGAAGAUUCCUCGUCCG